ACAAAAAUUAUCCACACGUCAUGAUUACACAGAUUUUUAUUUCUUGCGUCGAAGGAAUAUAUUAUCCGCUGAUUUAUUGGCAAAAAAUGUACAAUUGGCGAAAAUCAUAAAUGUGUAUGUCGGUCUUUUCUCUAAAGAAACAUGGCAAUUUCUUCUUAAAAAUGGAAUCAGUCGACCACGUACCACACGACCUCCAACAACUCUUCGCGAAAGCCAACCUAAUUUGGUAUUUAAUAAUCUUAAGGAGUUGAGAAUAACCGGAAUAAAGAAUGAAAAAAUGCUUCAAGAAUUCCUUGAAAAUUUUACCGAAGUUUGCCAUUCAAUUCGUGGAAUUACCCUUAAUAAGGAUUCAAUGGAUGAUUUCAAUAAGAAAACGAUUGAGAUUCUCGAUGAAAAUAAAUCAAAAAAUGCAACGAUCUCUCAAAAGGAACUCGAAUGGUUAGAAUUGAA